CGCAUACGCACGAAUGUGGGUGCAACGUCUGAGCGCAAAUUAAAUGCGUUAGAGAGACAAAGUGUUUUUGAAUCAGAAGACAUGAAGCAUCCUCCACUAUACACACUCAUCCUGCUUGUCGUGUUCCUCCACUAUGGCUCCUCUUCAGACAGUGAUGAUCGGUGUGUACCUCUGUUUAUGACUGUUGGGGAAACAGCCAUCAUCGACUGCAGCAUCACAAACAAAGAUCAGGAUGGAGUUUAUUUGUACAGACGGCGAGAAGAGAAAGGCAAAGAGGAAACCAUGUUGUACUAUUAUAAAGAUGGAACCUUUACCCCUGAGUCAGACUUCAAAGGCCGACUGGAGUCUAAUAAGGACCUUAGACAUUUCUCUGUGUCCAUGAAGAACGUGAGCAAGCACGACGGUGGAGUUUACUGGUGUCAGUUUAACCAAUUUGAUGUAAAUACCAUCAGUCAGCGGACGUGUCUGUUAGUGCAGUCUGGAAUCCUACUGAAAUGCAAAGAGGAAAGUAAACUCAUCCACUUUAUCUACUGGGGUGUGAUUGGUGGGCUGUCAUUCAUCAUUCUGAUCCUGCUGAUUGUACUGGUAAAGCAGUGUUGUGAUCGUCGACAUCACACACAGAAGCAGCAGCCCCCAUCUAACGGUGUGUAUGAGGUCAUGCGUGGACACACUAGAAAAGCCCUCAUUAACCCUGCGUACGAAUCGACUCGGAGAUGAACACAUUCUGAUUUAUGUUGAUGAUUUGUGAAGAUUUGGAAAUUUCACCCGUUUUAUUCAAUCAUGAUGUUCUGGGUGGUUCUGUUCCACUCUCCCUCCGUCAGUAGCACGUCUCUGUUGUUCUGUCCACAUUGAACAGUUUUUAAACUAAGUGACAUUUUUCUACCUGCACUAACUGGACUUUUAGGCACUUCCUGUCCCAGUAAUCUAUCAACAAAUCUAAUCAAUAUAUAAAAUAUUGUGUUUAUUGAUCAGUACAAUGGAACAUUCUAUAGGAUUCUAUAUCUUUCUGUGUUUUAUAUAAAAGUGAACAAAUGUGUUUGAAAUGUGUAUUUUUUUAUUGUCUGUAAAAUCUGUCUUUAUGUUUGCAAUGUUGUGCCUUUAAUAAAUCAAAUUAAAUAAAGAAUUUGGGGAAUUUUUUUUCUCCAUAUUAAAUAUUUAGUUCAUGUGAAA